UCAAAUUGUACAUAGCAAGUACCGGUAAGUCUUUUGAUUGUUAGAUAUUAUGUGGAUACACGGACUGGCGGACGUUUUCAUCUAAGCUCAGAAUGAUCCCAAGCGCAGCUUUCACGUACUAUAUUAUCUUUUAUAUUUAUCCUGACAGUAUUAGUUCAUGAGCUUGUCUUAAUGACAACUUAAAUGUUACGGAAACACAGAAUUCUUAUUGUUUUACCUGUUGGACUGAUUUUCAUCUCACUAUAUGACCUAAGAGCAUGCAUACAAACGGGAUCUUCGGUGUUUAAUCAGGUUGUUGGUCUGAAAACAAGAAUAAUAUUUGAAAAUGAAAAUUCCUCCAAAGAAAAUAUUGCGACAAAAGCUUCGUGCUACAAGACGGGUGAAUUCAAUACCUUCUAUAUUUGCAACGAUUCACUACCUUUCAGCAGUACAGCUUGCGGAAAAUCAGAACAAGAUGCCCUCGAAUAUAAAGUUCCAAACAUAGUUCAUUACGUUUGGUUUGGUGAAAUGAAUCUCAAGUAUUAUCAUUAUCUCUCAGUGCGAUCUGCUGCAGCAAAUCAACAUCCAGAUGCUAUUAUGUUUCAUAUCAACGGUUCCAAGCCAGGAGGAGAAUAUUGGGAAAAAGUAGAAAAAGAAAUUCCUUGCAUUACUUUGGUCAAAAUGGAAGCACCCACGUCGAUUCAUAACAAAGAAAUAUCAGACGUAUUGCACCAAACCGAUGUUGCCAGAAUGCAGAUUUUGCUCAAAUACGGAGGUAUUUACCUAGACUCUGACGUCAUAAUUUUAAAGUCUAUGAACCCGUUAAGGAAAUAUCCUUUCACUAUCGGGCGAUCAACAGAGUAUUCUCUCAGUAACGGAGUCAUGUUAUCGGAACCUGAUUCAUCAUUUAUUAAAGAAUGGAUGAGUUAUUUCAAUAAAUACGACCAAGUGAGUACUGUAACUUCAUCGAAUUGCUUCGCGUGCUUCAUCAAUACUGAUUAUUGAUAUAUAUAUAUACCAG